UUUAUCUUUAUUUUGUUCCAUGACAUCUUCUUCAACAUUUAUUGGUGUUCUUGCUCAAAUCAUAGCUCCAGAAUUACCGAUUAUAUUAUCACUGAUAUUCGGAGGUUGUUGUAGCAACGUGUUCGCUCUUGAAGUCCUUGUAACUGAUGCACCAAAAAGUGGUAAUUUGGUAACUUUUGCACAAUUUUUGUUUGUUGCCCUCGAAGGAAUACGACAUCAAUUAGAAUGGGGAACGUAUGGUCCAAGAUUUAAGAAAACUGUAGUACCUAUUUACAACUGGGUGUUACUGGUAAUCCUCUUCUUUACAGUAUCGGUAUUGAAUAACCUUGCUUUGGGAUAUCAUAUCUCUGUACCAUUGCAUAUCAUUUUCCGAAGUGGUGGUCUUAUUGUGAAUAUGAUUAUGGGCGCUAUUAUUCUGGGAAAACGAUAUUCUUUUGGCCAAAUCAUUGGGGUUCUGUGUGUAACUUUUGGUGUUAUUCUAGCUACAUUAGAUAAUUCGAAUACAAGCACUCAAGCUGGCUCCAGUAGUACGACUGAAUUUGUCACGGGUAUUUCCUUAUUAGUGAUCGCGAUGAUCUUAUCAGCUGGUAUGGGUCUUUUCCAAGAAGUUACUUACAAAAAGUAUGGGAAACAAUGGCGUGAAGGAUUGUUUUACACUCAUUUUCUUGCCUUGCCCUGUUUCUUACUUUUCUUCAAGGAUAUUCAAUCUCAAAUAGAAACGUACAAUAUGUCUACUAUGGCACCUUUGAUGACUGUAUUUGAUGAAGUACCUUUGCUUGGUUCUAUCUUCCAUAUGAUCCCUCCAAUCAUUGCCGAUUAUUUGAAUCUAUUUAUUGUACCAAAACUAUGGGCCUAUCUCUUUUUGAAUAUGAUUACUCAAUAUAUUUGUAUUGCUGGUGUCAAUCGGAUGACUGCUGUUUGUACUUCACUUACAUUAAAUCUUGUUCUCAAUCUUCGCAAAUUUACGUCUCUUGUUAUCUCCAUUAUCUACUUUGAAAAUGCUUUUGGAUUGGUGGCUCAAAUUGGAUCUGCUUUUGUCAUUUUUGGUACUUUGAUAUAUACUCGUGCUGGAUUGAAGAAACCUGUUACUUCGAAUGAUAAAAAAUCAUCUUGAACAUUAAUGUAUAUUUGUAGUUUAGAUCAGUGCUUACCUUUUUUACAUUUUACAUCCAUAUUUGUUUAUUUUAUACCUCUUCAAUAAACUCAUUACUCAAGACUCUCUUUUUU